CUUUCCAUCAUGUUCUGCCUGAGAUUUCUCAGUUUUCUUGUGGCUAUCGCCUUCAGUGCAGUGUCCGGCCAGCAGCAAUGCACCAGGCAUUACAAUUUGCUGUCGAAUCAGGCGAUCAACAUAACCAGCCUCAACUUUCCGGGGGCCCUGCCGAGUGGCAGCAGUUGCAGGUUCCGCCUGAAGGCUCCCAGCAAUCAUGUGAUCCAGUUGAGCUGUCGCUACGAAGUGUAUCCCGAUACGUGCGGCUCGGAGUUCCUGUUUGUCUCCCGCGACGGGGACCUGCAGUUCCGCGAUGGCGAGCGCUACUGCCGCAUGGGCCAGAUCUCGCGGAGCUCCAACUUCCAGACGCUGGCCCUGGCCUACUACUCGAGCAGCGCCCAGAGCCGCCAGAGAGCGCGGCUCAGCUGCCAGGCCGUGGCCCGUCCGGCGGCCUGCGACUGCGGCUGGUCCUACCCCAAUCGUGUUGCCAACGGCGUGGAGACGGCAAAGCACGAGUAUCCCUCGAUGGUGGGCCUCAGGGACCUGGCCUCCACUCUGCCCAUCUUCUGUGGCGGGACGAUCGUGAGCGAUCGCUUCAUUGUGACAGCUGCCCACUGCACGGUCCGUCAGCCGGUGGCCAGUCGUCUGCUGGCGCUCGUGGGAGAGCACGAUCUCAGCACGGGUGACGAGUCGAUCUAUGCUGCCCAGCACCGAAUCCUCAGCAUCAUCAAUCAUCCGGCGUACACGGUCACCUCCUCCGGAGAUCUCAAUGACAUUGCUCUGCUGCAGACGGCCACAGCCAUGGAAUGGUCGAGGGGUGUGGCUCCGAUUUGUCUGCCCGUCCGACAGUCCGACAGCGCGUUCAGCUAUCAGAACGUGGACAUCACCGGCUGGGGGACCCUGGGAUUUGCCGCCGCCAAGUCAAAUACCCUCCAGAAGGCCACGCUGCUGACUCUGGAGAACUCGGUGUGUCGCCAGCAGUACAAUUCGAGCAUCUCGGCCAGCCAGCUGUGCACGUACGACUCGAGCGGACGGGGCCAGGACUCCUGCCAGUACGACUCCGGCGGCCCGGUUAUCCUGCGCCAGCGCGAACGCAUGUAUUUGCUGGGCGUGAUCAGCUACGGACGGGCCUGUGGACAGCCCUACGGCAUCGGUGUCAACACUCGCAUCACCUCCUACCUCAACUGGAUGUGGCGCUAUGUGGGCGGAGCGGUCUGUGUGCGUUAA